AUGGGCUCCAAACUAAGGAGGAAAAAGGGUGCAUAUCAUGCAUUAUUGCUGUUACAUGCUGGAUUAUUUGGAAAACAAGAAAUCGUUUUGUUUUUUUAUCAAUGCAAACCACAACCUCUCUUGGCCAUCAAAACCAUUCUUUCUCAAGUGGAGGAGCUGGUUGCGUUGAAUAACAGAAGGAUUGUGAGGAGGUUUUGCAAAGGACCCUGUCCAAAUCCUACCUCUUGGACCGCAUCGGAAGCCCAUGUUAUUAAAGUUAACUUUGAUGAUGCUUGGUUGGCAUCCUCUGGCAAAGUGGGAGCAGGUCUUAUUGCACUAAAUGCCAAUGAUGAGUUCGUGGGAGCGAAGUGUCUAUCCUUUCACACGAAAUCUGCUAUCAUGGCUGAGGCAGUUGCUGGUUUUGAAGGUUGCAAAUGGGCAUCUGAGCUGGGCUUACCAGAGGUUUGCUUUGAAUUUGACUCCAAAGAACUGAUCGAGAGCGUGAAAGGAAACAUAAAGCAUGGAAGAUGGAAUCUAUACCCACUUCUAUCAAGGAUUCGUGAAUGCAACUCCAAUUUCUCAAACUGUAACUGGGCAUGGACUAGUAGGAAAAACAAUGAAGCGGCAGAUCAAUUUGCGUCGCUGGCACUAUCGAGGUCGAGUCCGGAAGUUUGGGUAUCCAGGCCCCCCGCCUCUCUUGUGCAUAUCUUAAAUCGUGAUGGUCUUCCUUGCCCUCCUCCAGCCUCCAUAUAG